AUGUUCUCAAAAUUGUAUAGCAGCGUGGUGUGGCGUCCGGCGUUGCCGGCGCUUAUAGGGCCUCGGCAGUCUCGGCAGACCACACCCAGGUUCCUGGCACCUAGGACCCCACCUCAGGUGCCAGCACGCCUCAUGAACUUAGGUCUAGCAAGCCAGUAUAGCAACAACAGGAUACCCAACAGGCUUAGAAUCAUGUACGCUGUGAAACACUACUAUGAGACUAUUCCGUUGUUCGUUGUGUGCAUCUUUGAUAUAAUCAUCGUGUUCGCGGCCAUCUUUUACGCUUGUAGAAGUCGGGUGGACUUGCAGUUCGUCCACAGCCAAAACAACUCGAUCUCCCGCACCAUGGACAUGCGGAACCCCACGGUUCACAAGCACCUGGUGUUCUACCAGCGCUACGAGCCCUGGCCGGAGCUGCAGGACUCCCUGGACAAGAUGACGGUGGCCGAGAAACGGCUGAAGUCUCGCAUGGAGAACUGCCAGAAACCUUAG